UCCAUUCCAUUUUUCUCUGCACACUGAGCAUAAACAUUUUAACAUAACUUUGUUCAGAAAGGUUUCCAAAUAAUGAACCAGUAGGCUAUACUUUAAAUAGAUGUGCACUAAUUGAAGCUGUAUGUUUCCAAUGUAUUUGUCUGAAAGGAUGUUUUAUCUUCUCUUUUAAAAGUCAGACAGAGGGAAUUAGAUGAGGCUCUUCUAAACAUGGUGGUAAAGGAUCUGCAGCCCUUCACCAUCGUGGAGGAUGAGGGAUUCAGGGCAUUUUUGAACAAGCUUGAUCCAAGCUAUGUCCUUCCAUCCCGGAAGGUGCUUAAAAUAAUGGUCAGUGAAAAGUACAACAAAGCCAAGGAGAAGACAAUGGAGGACCUACAAAAGGCCGAAUUUGUUAGCCUUACGGCUGACUUGUGGUCCUCCAUUAAUAUGGAUGGAUAUCUUGGUGUGACUUGCCAUUACAUUACACCAGAGGCAAAAAUGGCAACUGUUGUACUAGGUGUAAGGAGGUUUUACCAAACCCACACAGCCCAGCAUCUCAUGGAGGCUAAAGCCUUGCUAAUGGCUGAGUGGGGAAUAACCUCCAAAGUUCAGUGCAUGGUGACUGACAAUGCAUCCAACAUGAUCCUAAGUGCCCAGCUACUCCACCUUCGCCAUGUCCCAUGUUUUGCUCAUACUUUAAAUUUGAUUGUGAAAAAGGCCCUAGAUCAAACCCCAGUCAUCAAUGAAAUACGCCAGAAGGCCAGAAAGAUAGUGGGGUUGUUCAGAUCCAGCUGCAAAGCAAAGGACAAGCUUGUGGAGAUGCAGGGCUUGAUGGGAAGACCAACCCUGAAACUGAUACAGGAGGUUGACACGAGAUGGAACAGCACAUUUGACAUGCUACAGCGCUUGUAUGACCAACGUGAACCAGUGGCUGCUGCACUUUCCAACUUAAACAAUGACACUGCUCCCCUGACAAGUAUUGAUUAUGACAUUAUUCAACAAUCAUUGUCAGUACUGCAACCAUUCAAAUUCGCAACAACAGAGAUGUCAGAGGAAAAGAGAGUGUCUGCCUCAAAGCUUAUACCACUGUACAGGAUGUUGCAGCACAAGCUUGCACAGAAAAAAGGAAAUGCAACGCAGGAAUCAACUAUACAAUUAGGCUCACAUCUGCAAGAAGGUCUUCACUCCAGAUGUGGAGGUUAUGAGGGUUUUAGAGCCUUGGCACUGGCUACACUGCUGGACCCAAGGUUCAAAAAUGUGGCAUUUGGAAAUGCUGGCAAAGCCCAGGAAGCUGAAAAGCACAUCACACUGGAGUGUGCUUCGCUGAUGCGUUCAAACACAAAUCCUGAGCCAGAAAUGUCAACAUCAGACCCAUCAUCAUCAUCAUCAUCACCAUCACCAUCAACAUCAACACCAGUAGAAACACAGGACAGUUUAUGGGAACUUUUUGAUACUCGUAUCCAUCAAACCCAGAUGAUACACAAUGCUACAGCUGAUGCCACAGUGGAAGUAAAAAAAUACAUCAACGAUGCGUAUUUGCCCAGAACUCAUAAUCCACUAACUUACUGGAAAGAGAGAGCAGUAAUCUUUCCUCAUUUGUAUGUCCUUGCAAAAAAGUAUCUUUGUAUGCCAGCAACAAGUGUCCCUUGUGAGAGGAUUUUUUCAAAGGCUGGAGAAAUUAUCUGUAAAAAAAGAAGUAGGCUAAGUCCUUCCACGGCAGAGAAAUUAAUAUUUUUGAAUAAAAAUCUCUAA